AUGGCAGUCGAAGGUGUAAUGGUGACGUACAACUACUCAGACGAUGGGGAAUACGCCAACAUCCUCACUGUGUCUGCGUCAGGCAUCAGGUUCUCCAAACGCUGGGUCCUUACACACGGUUCCAUACUCUCCCCUUUAAAGGAAGCUAAGAUAAUCAAAAAAGCAAAAGGGAAACCCAUACUAAAUGAUGAGUUUUACGCCGGCCUUCCAGAAAUUCAUGUGACGUGUGAAAAGAAACAGUCUGCUAAUCCAAAUCUGUAUGAGAGUGUCGAGAAACUCAGUAGAGAGAGGAACUUGCAGCAUGGAGACUUGGAACAUAGCAGCUACUUGAUCAGAGUACUCACUGGCAGGAUAUGCCACGUGUGGCAGUGUCCGAUCCUGGAUAGGUGUGCCAAUGACAUUCUGUAUAGCUGGACCAUAGGACAUAAGGAUGGAGAUAUAGAUAGCCAGACGAAACUCGGCACGGCACUACUCUCUGUAUUCGUUCUCAUCGACUUGGAGAGCGAUAAACGAGGCAUCGAAAGUUUGCGGCCGCUCUCGUAUCUACUGGACGUGGUCCGCCCACCUACGGAGCGAGGGUCCAUCUUAGAGGUACACUCAACGCCGUUUGGAUGUGAGGUGUUCCUAAACGCAGUGACUCGUGGUUCAAUAUGUGGAGUGGUAGGCAAGAGACCGUCCCUGUUGAUGACUGACGCAGCCACUGCACUGGGCUCCGAAGGUGGACCCGUCUUCACUGAGGGAUCUAAGGAGUUGGUAGGAAUAGUGGUGUGCAGUGUGUCGUGGUGCCGCGGGGAGUGGGUGGGGCUGAGUCUGGUGGCGCCGCUGACGUCGGUGCUGGCCUCCAAACUGAGGGUCGCCGUGCCAGCGCCCGACAGACCACUCGCCUCCCACCCACUGCAAGACGUGCUCAAUCAAAUAGACGCGUGUACAGUACUAGUGCGGUGUGGACACGCGUGGGGGGCGGGGGUGUACCUGGGAGGGGGGUACCUCGUCACCUGCGCACAUGUCGUCAAAUCUUAUCAAAAUCACAAGUUAUCGGUGUAUUGUCGUGGUGUGAGUGAGACAGCAAUAGUCCGGUAUAAAACGCCAGACAAGAAGGCAUAUGACCUCGCACUGUUGUUCACAAACCCUGAAAAACUGAGUCACAUGAGUCCAGCAGUGUUGUCAACUGUACCGGCUGAGAAAGGAGAAUCAGUACUAGCAGCGGGUUUCCCUUACUUCAAUGAGUUUGACCUCACCAACUUGAUCCCGACCAUCACGUCAGGGCACGUGAACACAGUGUCGCCCUCUAUGAUACAAACCUCAUGCUGUGUGCAAUCCGGCUUCAGUGGAGGACCGAUAUUCAGAAUCACUAAGCCAAAGAACCGCGUGGAGGUGCUGGGUAUCAUCGCUAUCAACGUGACGAGUGAGGGUGGGGCGUGCUUCCCCUACGUCAACAUGGCGGUGCCGGCUGCCGUCUUCAGCCACGCUCUCGCGCACUACAUACUCAACAAAGAUGAAUCGAAACUUGCUGGAAUCGAAAAUAAUAAAGAAAUAAUUCAAGCUCAGUGGAGGCUAAUGCCGUACAGGUCUAAAAUAUGA